CAGAGGAAGCUGGAAAUUCAAUAAGGAAAAACUUGAGUUCUUUGUUCUGCUUCCAUGGAUGCUGUAUUUAGAUUUGCUCAUGGCUGCACUUUCAACAGCCCAAGAAGAAAAUCAUAUUUCAGUGUUCGUCAGAUUGUAUUCUUCAAUUUUCCUGCUGGAAACAAAGCCAAACAACAAUCAAGAUAGGUCAAGCAAAAAGCAAAAUCAAAAUGCCAGAGAUUCUCCAAGAUUCCAGGAAAGUAGUGACCCUCCUCUGAUUAGAGCACUGAAAGUCUCAGCUGAACAAAAUGCAGCUGAUUUUCACUUUCCAGGACACAACAGAGGGCGAGCAGCACCAUCAUCAUUAACUCAGCUCAUUGGUCUGAAACCAUUUAUGCAUGAUUUGCCUCAGUUUCCAGAGCUGGACAACCUGUUCCGUCCUGAGGGCCCAAUUUUAGAAGCACUUCAGGAAGCAGCACAGCUUUUUGGAGCCUCAGAGACAUGGUUCCUCGUUGGAGGAACCACCAGUGGAAUUCAAGCUGCCAUCAUGGCAACUUGUUCCCCAGGGGAACAUAUAAUUCUUCCUAGAAACUCCCAUGUAUCAGCCAUUUCUGCUUUGGUGUUUUCUGGUGCAAAACCUGUAUACAUAAUGCCUGAAUAUGAUUCCAACUGGGACAUUGCCGGUGGCGUCACCCCAUCACAGGUAAGUAGAGCAAUCCAGAUUUCAGAGAUGGAAGGUAAAAAAGUAUCAGCAGUUUUUGUCACUUCACCAACCUAUCAUGGCAUCUGCAGUAACUUGAGUGAGAUUUCAAAGAUAUGCCAUUCCAAUGGAAUUCCCUUAAUUGUCGAUGAGGCUCAUGGGGCACACUUUGGAUUUCACCCUCAACUCCCUCAUUCUGCACUCCAACAAGGGGCUGAUUUGGUUGUCCAAUCCACCCACAAAGUUCUCUGCUCUUUAACUCAGUCAUCAAUGCUGCACAUGUCUGGAAACACUGUAGACAGAGAAAGAGUUUGCAGAUCUUUACAAUCACUUCAAAGCACAAGUCCCAGUUAUCUACUUUUAGCAUCAUUAGAUGCUGCCAGAGCUCAAAUAAGUGACAACCCAGACGAGAUUUUCAACAAGGCAAUAGAUUUAGCCAACCAAGCAAAACAAAAGAUAACUAAAAUUUCAGGUAUCUCAAUCCCAGAACUUCCCAUCUUCCCCAACUUCCCUGCAAUUGAUCCAUUGAGACUCACCAUUGGGUUCCAGCAACUUGGUUUGUCUGGCUACAAAGCAGAUGAAAUUCUACACAAGAAUCAUGGCCUCAUUUGUGAACUUAUUGGCACCCAAUCUGUAACUUUAGUCAUUAAUCUUGGAAUAUGUGAACGUGAUAUUCAGAGGCUGGUGUCAGGUCUAGAGGAUGUGAGCUCUUAUGGAUCUAUUCUAAGAAUUGAAGGAAGAAGCAAAGUUAUUGUUUCUGCACCCUUUACAGACAUCAGAAUCAAGAUGAAUCCUAGAGAUGCAUUUUUUGCAAGAAAACGAAGAGAAAACAUUAGAGAAAGCGUGGGAGAAGUGUGUGGGGAGCUGAUAUGUCCUUACCCACCAGGGAUUCCAGUGACAAUCCCAGGGGAGGUCAUAACAGAGGAAGUCAGAGAUUUUCUGCUGCAUCUGAAAAACAAAGGUGCCUGUAUAACUGGUGCUUCUGAUCCCCAACUCUCUUCAAUCGUUGUUUGCAAUGUGUAGGAGAAAAGUGAAAAAUAACUCAUGAGUACAGCACUUUUCUUGAUUCCUUAUGGUUGGCAUAGUUUUGAAAGGGAUCCACGAUUCAUGUGAAGCGCUCGAACACAAGACUUUGUGGCAGUAGAUACUACAAGAUUUAAGUCUUUGUCACUGCAUUGAAAAAUUUGCUGUGAAAUAAAAUUUAGUAGAGUUAUUUUUAAUUGUUCUCGCAAAUUGGGGAUACCUUCCGUCAUUGUAUUUGAUCUGUUUUUAUCUUUGUCUAUGUAAUUUUAAAAAA